AUGCCGUCCUUGCUGGCCUGCAGAGUGACCUUCGGACAGCACGAAAUCACGUCAGACCCCCGGCGUCACCCCGCAAACACCAGUUUCCGUGCAGUGAAAACGAGCCUGAGCACUGGCGGGGCUGUGAACCCACCAGCAAUCGCCAGAGGGAUUGCGUUGAGGUCGGAGGGAGCGAGUCAUCCUGUCCUUCACUUGCUUUCUUCAAAGCCUGAAGAGGACCAAAAGCUGGUUUAUUCUGGGAAGCUGCUGCUGGACCAUCACUAUCUGAAAGACUUGCUGCCAAAGCACGGGGACUUGCAUGCUCUGCAUUUGGUGUACAACCUCAAGACUCCUGCAGAUGUGCAAGAAACCAACGUGGAGCUUAAAGCUGAUCAGCCAAAGUUACUGUCAGAGGGGAGUCCAGAGCAGUCUGUGUCUUCCUCAUGUGAUGAAAGCCUGAGGGGCUCUUCUGAUGGCCAGUCUUCAGCAGAAACCAGUAUCAGGCUGGAAACAACUCGGCAUCCCUUCCAACGUGUGGCUCCUGGCUUCUCGGCUUACUCAACCUACGGCAUGCUGCAGAUGUCCUGGUUUCAGCAGGUGUACGCAAGACAGUAUUACAUGCAAUACUUGGCUUCUACUGCAGCAUCUGCUGACCCAUCCCAUGCACGACGUUCUCAGGAGAUCCCAGUGACACCCCCGGCUCCUCUCCCAGACCCAUAUCCUGCACAAAAUCAACCUGGAAACCAGAAUGCUGCUGCCCAGGUUAACGCAGGGGCCAACCAGAACCUGCGGAUGAAUGCCCAAGGGGGUCCCCUUAUGGAGGAAGAGGAGGGUGGCAACCGAGAUUGGCUGGACUGGCUCUACUCAGCAACACUGUUCUAUGUUUUUGUCAACAUCAUCUAUUUCUACUCGAGUCUCAGCAGGUUCCUCCUGGUUAUGGGUGGCACUGUGCUGAUGUAUCUGCACCAUGUUGGAUGGCUUCCGUUUAGACGAAGACCUGUUCAACCCUUCCCAGGCAAUGUUCCUCCUCAGGCUGCUGUGAACCAGGACCAGAACAAUAACUUACAGGGAGGAAAUGCAGACAGAGCAGAUGAAUCGGAGGCAUCUCCUGACGAGGGACAAGCUUUACAAGAGCUGCAGCAGGCUAACCCUUCGUUUAUGAGCACGGCGUGGGUUUUUUUCAAGACUUUCUUUGCAUCCCUCCUUCCAGAAGGGCCUGGAAUGACCCGCAACUGA